GAGCCGGCUAAAGGAAGAUCAGGGAAAUGACUGCAGCACAGAUACAAAGGAUGAAAAGAUGAACUCCAACAUGAUACGCACUUCAACACGGUGCAUCAGUCUGCACUGAGAGCGCGCUGUCACAAAUGAGCAGAGACCCCGCGAAGUACACACUCGCCAGAGUAUGAUGUCGUCUCCUGGAAUGGGUACCCCCAGUGACCCCCUUUUAACCAGUCCCGGGGGGGACCGGUUUGGGGCGGCCCAAGAUGGCGCCUGGAGACCAACCAUAUCCAAGACCUCGAGCUUCCCGACGUCCACCACACGGCACCUCAGCCACAGAGCUAACAGCUUCCAGAGACAGCCAAAGUGUCGGAAGCUGAUCCGACCGUCUCCACCUCCGCCCCCCAACACGCCAUGCCCCCUGGACCAGCUGGACCUCAGCGGACUGCCGCCCCGACGCACCUUCCCGGAGCUGCUCUUCAACGGCUGCAUCCUGUUCGGCAUCGAGUUCAGCUACGCCAUGGAGACAGCAUACGUCACCCCUGUGCUCCUCCAGAUGGGCCUUCCAGAUCAAUUCUACAGCCUUGUGUGGUUCAUCAGUCCCAUAUUAGGGUUCUUACUUCAGCCCAUCCUUGGGGCGUGGAGCGAUCGGUGCACAUCACGCUUUGGCCGGCGGAGACCUUUUAUCUUGGCCUUAGCCAUCGGCGCUCUGCUUGGUCUAACCUUGGUGUUGAAUGGGCGGGACAUUGGAUCAGCAUUGGCAGACACUGCUGUCAAUCACAAGUGGGGCAUUGUGCUGACAAUUUGUGGCGUGGUUCUAAUGGACUUCAGUGCAGACUCUGCUGAUAACCCUAGCCACGCCUACAUGAUGGAUGUGUGCAGUCCAGAAGACCAGGACAGGGGCCUCAACAUCCAUGCUUUACUCGCAGGUCUGGGUGGUGGAUUUGGAUACAUCGUGGGCGGAGUAAACUGGGACCACACUGAGUUUGGGGUUUGGAUGGGAGGUCAGCUUCGGGUCAUUUACCUGUUCACUAGCAUAACCCUGAUGGCCACCACAGCUUUGACCCUCACGAGUAUACCUGAGCGACCUCUUCCACAAAACCACACCCUGAACAAAAGCCCCAGGAACUUGAAGAGCCCGAGCCUUCCCCUGCCCCCAUCUCCUCCUGCCCCCACCGGAGCUGCCACCCACCCAGAAGAGGAGGAAGAAGAGGAGUACGAAGACCUGUACAGUUACCAGUUCUCUGGCCGCAGGUAUCCGGACUCCUUGGGGCACUCAAGCAGUGCCAACGCGAGGCUAUGUGCCGGGCUCACCAGUCCCAUCUCCCCUCUCAGCCCGUUAACACCAAAAUACGGAAGCUUUAUCAGCCGAGAAAACACGCUCAUGGGCCUCAAUGAGUUUGCCUCAUCUCUGGGAACGUCGUACAUCGACAGUGUUCUGAUUGACUGCUACACUGGGCAGCAGACGCCCCAACUACUGGAGCCCGAAUCAGUAGCCCCACCCGUUCCCCCCGGAGACACCCCCAUUGCUCAUGAGUCUGAGCCGAUGGAUACGCCCACUCUGACAUGUGAUUUGCAGCAAAGAGAAUCAUUGCAAAAGACCGGCAGCAUGCAGGGAACCCGUUGGUUACAGGUGAAUGAAGAGGCACAAGCUGCCGAAUGUUUGGGGCAGAGUGAGACGUUGGACGCCACUGCAGCUCUGCCAGCCUUUGGAGGGCUACAGAGGGGAGGAGCCUCCGGCAUCCUGAAACGCCCUCAGAGUCUGGCCUUAAUGGACGAGCCGUUACCUGGGCCCAGCAGCGGCCUGGAGAACGGACGCAGGCGGACGGUCACGUUCAGUCAACAGGUAGCAAACAUCCUCCUGAAUGGGAUGCGCUAUGACAGUAACCUAUGUGACAGCACUGACACUAUAGACACUCAGAUGUCUAUGAAGCUACUCUGCAUCGCCAUCUACAGGAUGCCCCCAUCACUACGCAGCCUGUGCACCAACCACUUCCUGGGCUGGUUAUCCUUCGAGGGGAUGCUGCUUUUCUAUACAGACUUCAUGGGGGAGGUGGUGUUUGGGGGUGACCCCAAAGCGGCCCACGACUCCGAAGCGUACCAGCGCUACAAUGCCGGCGUCACCAUGGGUUGCUGGGGCAUGUGCAUAUAUGCAUUCAGUGCUGCUUUUUAUUCAGCUAUCCUGGAGAAGCUGGAGGAGCACUUCUCGCUGCGCACGCUGUACGUCUUCGCCUACCUGGCAUUCGGCCUGGGCACCGGCCUCACCACGCUCUCCACCAACGUGUACGUGGUGCUCUCCCUCUGUGUCACCUAUGGAGUGCUCUUCUCUUCCCUCUGCACCCUGCCUUACUCACUGCUCUGUGAGUACUACCAAAGCCCACAGUUCUGUGGCUCGUCAGUGGAUGGGACUAGACGAGGGAUGGGAGUAGACAUCUCUCUACUAAGCUGCCAGUACUUCCUGGCCCAGAUUUUGGUCUCUGUGGCGAUGGGGCCUCUGACCUCACUGGUGGGCGGGGCCCAGGGCGUGAUGUACUUUGCCAGCCUGAUGUCGUUUGUAGGCUGCCUGUAUUCCUCGCUGUGUGUGGUGUACCAGCUGCCACCUCCAGAGGGUGAGCACCCCCAGAGUGAGAGUCAGCCACUACUGGUGCACAUUUAAUCAGCCACUACUGGUGCACGUUUAAAUGUAAAUCCCUUGUCUUAUGUUGCACACACGCGCACACACACAAUUUCACAGAUAUACAGGCUUAUAUAUACUUUGAUUGUUUGGUAGUCCUAACCACUGGCGUCAUGCCUUACCUGCACUUGAUAAGAUUUUGUAAACCUUGGUCACUCAGUGACUUAUCUAGAUGAAACUCAGGCAUGUUUCAUUCACUUUCUACAAUGUACUUUUCAUGGUCUCAUAUUAAACAUUAAAGUUUAUUAAAGCUUACACACACACACACACACACACACACACACACUUCAUCAGUCUGCGUUUCCUUUCUGUCUUCUGUUCAGCCAUCAUCAUGCAGUGUUGGGGAUAUGUGAGAGUGUGUGUCAAAUCUCUGCAUCUCACUCGGUUAUAGAAACACUAGAGUGUGAUUGCGUGGCCUACUGGACUUUGAUUUUGUACAAUAUGGCUGUUUUUUGUUUGGUUUGUUUGUUUUUUAUGAACAGCAAGAAAAAAAAACCAUUCUGAACCCAAAGAUGUUCCUAGACCCUGUUUAUCUGAUGAGUUUGAUUGGUAAAUUGAUGAAUGCUAAAAAAAAAUGAACAAAUGUGAACUCACUCUCUCAUAUCUAGAUGCAACGAUUGUUGUUUUGGUGAAUAUGUCAGAGGACUGUGUGAAGAUGUCAGUUGCAAAUCUGCAUGUGAACUAGCAAUGAUGCCUAACUGGGCCUCUGUUUCUGACUGUACAACAGUAAAACAGAGAACGUGUAUGUGUCUACCAACUUCUUAGUUCAUGUACACAGACAUAAGGCCAGUUAUGCCUUAGACUAUGAAUUGGAACCAAUGUGUAGCAUUUUCAAGAAGUAAUUAUUCGCAAAGGGCUUAUGUACCCACACUCACACACGACUACACACUCACACAUACCCACGUGCAUGUUUAACACUCUGAAAUGCGUCUCACAUUGAUGGACACUCUUGGAGAACAAAGAGUAAGAAUCAUAAACUUUGUCUUUAUGAUGGGUUGGCUCUUCCACUGACAUCACGCUUUUCAUCUGAAAGAAUCUCAAAAGAUCUGAGCAGUGACUGAUUGAACUGCAUGUGCCUGUUAAGACACGCUCCUCUGCCCAAAACAAAACUCAUCCUCUGAACCUGUAUUCAUUGUGCAAUGGUCACACUAUAUACGUGGUAGACCCCACCCCCUACACAGUCCCAAGCAGACGCACGCUUUCUUGCCUGAUGCGCAGUGGUCUGGCAUGAUGGUUGUCGUUCUUGUCAUUGUCAGGCAGAGCAGACGUUGGGACUCGGCUGUGAGUGACUACAGCUCAGCUUUAUGGAACAGGCGCCCAGUACAGAAGAAAAGAACCAAACCUUUGUGCUUGUUUUGGUUCGGCGGCGUGCAAGAGGUCAGGAUGCAUUAUGAACCGCGACUAAUGUGGAUUCUCCAGAUCGCGCUGACAUGGAAAGCGUGUGCAAGCUUGUGAUGAGGAGUAAGGGAUGUUUUGUUGGUCACCACUAGGGGGUGUAGUGUUGUGGGUUUUCUGAAAAUGGCACAAAAUGUCGAACCGUUCAUACUCCAUGCUGAUCAGGGGCCAGUUUUUCAGAAGUUAGCUGGAUAAGCCUGGGUUUCUGCACUGGAUUCAGUCUUUAUGUUUAGUUGUUUUGUGGGAUACUUCAGGAAUUUAAGACAAUCUUAAAAAAUAACCAAUCAGUAAUUUUUGAAUGACUCGCCCCAGGAAACAGUCAGUCUAAGCUAAAUUAAUAAAACAUGAAUGCAGUAAUAUUU